AUGGGGUUCAACGAAGGGUUCUUCUACGGAGAGCGACAGAAGGUGGUGGAUGGGGUAACGAAAUCCAAAACGGAAAACACGAUCGGAACGAUCCACGCAACAGGCGGCGAUUUGCCUGUUAGUAAUAAUGAAUUAUACACCAUCAAAGCCAUACCCGGCAGGGGAUUGGGUUGCUUCGCAACCUCAAAGAUCCCAAAAGGCACACGGAUAAUAACCGAGGAACCCCUCUUCACCGUGCCCAGCAUGGCGACGAAUCUGCAAUCCCUGGAAAAGGGCUUUCUCAAGGACCUCAAAGCCCUAAGUAAAGAGCAGCAGCAUAUGUUUUUCUCAUUACACAAUGCACACAAGGGUAAAUGCAGUCCAGUGAUCGGCACCAUCAAGACGAAUGCAAUGCCGUUUGGCGCCAGGGGCGCAGAGGGCGCCAUUUUCCCCCGCGCAGCGCGCAUUAAUCACUCGUGCAAACCGAACUCCCAAAACACGUGGAACCGUAACUUGGAAAGACUUACCAUCCACACAUUUAAAGACAUCGAGGCCGGCGAGGAGAUCACCAUCGCCUACGUCGACGGGACGGAAUUGUUCGACGCGCGCCAGUCUUGUUUUGGAGAGGCGUUUGGCUUCAGAUGUGCGUGCGAGGUCUGCGCCGUGCCGGCGGAAGAGUCGCGGGAGCGAGAUGCGCGGCUGCAGGAGAUUGCGCGCCUUGAUAAUGUUCUGGGCGACGGGCGGCGGUUGAUGACCAAGCCGGAUGCUUCCCUUCAGGACGCGUAUACACUUUUCCGUAUGCUUGUUGAUGAGGGCAUUGCUGGCUCGAGGAUUGCGCGCGUGCACAAUGAUGCGCUGCAGAUUUCGAUUGCGCAUAGUGACCAGGCGAGAGCGAAGGUGUUUGCGCAGCGGGCGUAUGAGGGGCGGGUUCUGUUGGAAGGGGAAGAUAGUCCUGAGACGAUGAGGUUAAAAGCCAUAGCGGAGAAGCCGUAUAGUCAUGGCUUGUUUGAGUCGACGAAAGAGUGGAAGCAAUCUGUCGAGGCGAUACCGAGGGAUUUGAGUGAAGCAGAUUUCGACGAUUGGUUAUGGAGGCAGAAGGGGUGGAAGUCUUAGAGGAGGCGG